AUGGCUGCGGAAGGCAUUGCAACUUUAUCAGAAUGGCGCGAGAGCCCACGCGCUCAGAAGGCAGCGGAAGGUAUUCAGAGGUUCGACGAAAAGAGACACAAGGAAGCCCACGCGCUCACAGGGCAGCGGAAGGUAUUGAGAAGUAUUGUGGAGGACCCAGCAGACCCACGCGCUCAGAUGGCUGCGGAAGGUACCAAACAAGAUGCAGAAACAACCCACGCGCUCGAAGCUGCGGAAGGUCUUGGAAGGCUCAAACAAAGAAAGAUACAGGGAGUCCUACGCGCUCAUACUGCUGCGGAAGGUUACAAAACUUCUAACAAGACGGCGGAAGAGUCCACACGUUUUAAAACUGCGGAAGAUAGCUGCGGAAGGUUUGCAAAGAUACAAGCGAGAAGGACAGAAGGAAACCCACGCGCUCAGAUAGCUGCGGAAGAUGUGGAAAGACUCAACAAAAAAAUACAAAAGAAGACCCACGCGCUCACAUGGCAGCGGAAGCUGCGGAAGGGAGACAAAGCUUCGUUUCGAGAUGCAAAGAGCCCACGCGCUCAGAUAGCUGCGGAAGGGUUUGAACAAUCUCUUCCAAGGACCCAGGGUACCCACGCGCUUAUACAGCUGCGGAAGACCCGUACACUCUCCUGCACACGCAAAGCUCAACUUGCUCCGGACGGACACGAGCAACCGUUCACUCGCUGUAGAGCCUUCACGGUGGCCCCGUUGACUAAAUGUUGGUAUUCAAUAGCGAUGAUUGGCCCCGUAUCUAGGAGCCAUCGUUCUCUGAACGCACGACGUUUGAGUAUCUGUCACAAAGUCACGUCUACCUUCGACGUCUUUUAG